AUGAAUGCUGAAUUGACUUCCAACAACAAAGGAGAGUCUGCGCCUUCAGCAGUUCAAACUGAUUCUUCCAUUGAAUCAACCCGGCCUGAGUCUCUUCAACAAGUGGAUGAUUCCAAUAAACUGAUGCAUUCUGCAACAACCCAGGAUGAGAAACACCAGUCGUCCGAGAUGGAUCAACCAAACGCUUCUGCUGCCUCCUCUUUGAAGGAUGUAGAAGAGAAUUCUUACGCUCAUGAUCAGGAUACCAUACCAACUGCUAUUGAUGAGUCUGUUCCUAGCCAGGAUCCUAUAGAUGUUCAUACGCAAGAUGACAUCGAGACAAAGCCCAGCGAGCCAGAGCCUUUGUCGAACCAGGAUCCUGUAGAUGUUCAUACGCAAGAUGACAUCGAGACAAAGCCCAGCGAGCCAGAGCCUUUGUCGAACCAGGAUCCUGUAAAUGUUCAUACGCAAGAUGACAUCGAGACAAAGCCCAGCGAGCCAGAGCUUUUGUCGAACCAGGAUCCUGUAAAUGUUCAUACGCAAGAUGACAUCGAGACAAAGCCCAGCGAGCCAGAGCUUUUGUCGAACCAGGAUCCUGUAGUUGUUCAUACACAAAACGACACAGAGACAAAGCCGGACGAACCGGACUCUGUGCAAGAGCAGGUCGAAGUUGAGAAAGGUGAAGUGGUUUCGGUUGUUCCAUUAUCGAGGGAUCCAUCUGAGUUGGAAACAAAAGUUAAUGAAUUGGAAGAAGCAAAACAAGACACACCACAGAAAUUGGAGUCAGAGGACACUCAAUCACAAAAUACGAAUGUCAAUGAAGCUAACGUCCCAAGAACAGCGGCUUCAACUGGUGAACCUGCCAAGGAAGCUUUUACUUCUUCUGCUGACAACCGUAUCUCUGUGUCCCAUUUGUUUGCGAAUGAUGAGCCUUCCAGUUUGGGGUUUUUUGACAACCUCGUUCAAGCUGCAGACUCUCAUCCUACUGCGGAUAUGGAUAACAGUGACAGCCUUUUUGGCGAAUUCAACCAAGGUUUUGAGAUUAAUGCGCAAGAUGAAACCAACUAUAAUAACUAUAAUGACUCCCAAUUCCCACCUACAAAGUCAACCAUGGAAGCUGAUUAUGACCAUCCGGUUUCUGCAUCUACGGAACCAGUUUUAUCAUCGUCUUCAAAACACUUGGAGAUGGACUAUCGGAACGAAGAGCUAAUGGUUCCAAAUAAUGAGCCAUUCAGUGAAAAUAACUUUGACAAGGAAGCAACUGGUGUUUCCACUGACGAAGUACAACCUAGUUCAAGUGAACUCUUUCGUCAGCAAUCUUCUGAACCAACACCGGCAGCAAACCAAGAUCAGAUAGAUGAGACACCUGUUUUUCACGAUGAUUCCCACAAUAGAUCCAACAUGGAAACGUCUCAUCCAGAGACGGAAGAAACUGCAGAUCUCUUUCAGAAUAAUCCAGAAGAAGAGGAUAGGUUUUUCAGUGAAGUUUUACAACCUCACGAACAAGCUCCUUCCACUCAACCAAAGGAUCACGUUGCUGAUCCUUCUUUGGAUGUUUUCUCUUCCUUUCAGCACCCUCCUGUGGACGAAGAUGCCGCCUUGUUCAAUCAAUUCGCCAACGAUGAUGCACCCUUAGGAGGAUUGCUGGAAAGCAGCAAUACAAACGAUAAUGAAUUGAUAGAUGAUUCCGAGUUUUCUUCAUUAUUGGAUAACUUUUUGAAACCAGCUGCUCAACCGCCUGCUUCUUCCUAUAUCCCCACACAACCGAAACAGUUGCCAACAACACCAUUACCUCCAUUAGAUACUACAAAGCGUUCGUCUUCCCAGAGUUCUAAGCCUUUCGUUGCUUCCAAAGAAGGUUAUAGCUCACCAUAUGACCUUCCUGAAGAAAUUGUCCAACAGGCUCAACAAAAGCGAUCUGCCACUUAUACUUCUGCUCGAAAAGCUGCUCAGAUAUCCGCAUCAAAAAUUAGCUCCCCUACAGUGAGUAGUUUUCAAGGGCUAAAUGCUCCUCCUAUUCCUCCAGAAACUUCGGUUCCACUUAGUACCACAAGACAACGUCCUAACGUCCCUCCAGCCCCUCCUGUUGUUAAUACUCUCCCCGCUACGAAUCCAGCUCGCCCUUCUGUCACGCAAGCACCUAGAACAAAUGAUAAUUCUUAUGGAACUGGGAGGUAUACUCCUGGUUUGUCUAGCGAGAUGCCUUCAGCAGCUCCAGUGGUUCCUAUGCAGGAAGCAAAUACUUUGGAAACAAAGCCUCCUUUAGCACGAAAUUAUACGAGAUCUCCAUAUGCUCCUAUAGUAUCUCCUAAAGAACUCCCACAUGUUCAACAGGCGCCUCGUGUUCCGGUUUCUUAUACUCCGGUUGAGACCCAAAAGCCUUUGGCUUCAGUUCCCAAUAUUCCUCCACCAAGCAACCAAAGAGAGUUGCAAGCAUCUACGAUUGAUGGCUCCGCUGUACCCUAUAACCCGCUGACAGCAGCCCAGUCAAAAGUAGGUUAUUCGCCAUCAGUAAAGGUUGGAAGAUCAUAUCCUAGCGUUCCCGAUUUACAGGCCUCCAUACCUCCUUUCGAACAUUUCUCACCAUUUAUGAACGGGAAUGAAAUACAGUCAAUUCGAGGAAGCACAGCACCACCACUGUCACCUGCUCAAGUUCAUCCAUAUACUCCAAUACACGAUACAUCAACUCUUAAUAAAACAGACCCAUCAUCACUUAAUCGAGGAUACAACCCUGAAGCUUUCCCUUCAGAUAUUCCCGGGACUACCCUUCCUCCGACCGAGCGUCCUAUUUCUCGCACAAGAAGUCCAGUUCUUUUUCAUAGGGAAAGUAUACCAGAUCGGCCCGCCACUGUUUCAUUGCCUGCUAAGCAACAUUCUGAUAUUGAAAGAAAGAGUUUGAGUGAGAUGCAGCGAGAGCCCAAAUUGGCCGAGAGCGCUAAUUCAUUGUCCAUUGAAACUAGGAUUGGCAACAGUUAUUUGAGCGCUCACUCAGCUCAACCAUAUUCGAACCCAUCGCCCCAUCCUUUAGAUCUACGAUCUAAUAUCGCCGCAUCUGUUCCUGUAUCACCGAACUUUUCUGCUUCUAAGCCCAUUAAGAAUUUGGUUUCAUCUGAUGAAACGUUACAACAGCAAAUAAAUUUAAUCAGGUCGAAACCAAAGCCGAUUAUAAACUUUGGCCCUUGUGGAACAGUGAUAACUUCUUUUCCAAUAUCAAGUCAGUUUUAUUCUGUAAAUGGAACAAGGGAUAAUUUCCAGCCAGGGCUUUUGAAGCUUCAAAGCCUAAAUGAUUUAAUACCUCCGGAAAAUGACAAUGUUAUUAAGUUCCCUGGCCCAUUCAUAGCUUCUGGUGAUAAACUUGAAAAAAAUGCCAAGAAUGCGGCAAAGGAAUGGAUUUCUAAAUAUAUAGAAAAUUUAAAGUCAGGAAUAACUUAUUCAUCUUCUGAUGAUACAUCUGAAAUAGAAGACAAGCUAUUAUUGCUUCAAACAAUGGAACAGCUUCUCAGCAUACCGGAUAUGUCAACUUUCCCAGAAAGUCUACUUAAGAUUCUUAUGCCUGGGUUUGAGAAGCCUGCUCCUUGCAAUACUGCGACAACUGUACAAGAAUUAAUUAGUCCAGAGAGAAGCGUUGAUAGUUCUCCGGUGGUAUCAUCGGGGAAUACUACAGGCUCCUUUUUAGAACGCAUUUACAGUUACUUACUAAUUGGUGACAAGGAGGAAGCACUCAAUUUCGCUUUACAAGAGAAACAAUGGACUUUUGCUUUGCUUAUUUCCUUCGCAUUAGGGCCAAAGGUUUUGGAAGGUACAGUAAGAAGUUUUGCAAAAUCUGAAGUAAAAAUGGAGAUGUUGAAGCCGGGUGUUGGUAUAAAUCUUCAGUUAGCAUUACAGUUAUUAUCUGGAGCUGAUGCUGCAUCAAUGUCUGAAUUUUCGAGUACAUCGUCUUUAUUAAAUCUAUCUGCGCAGUCAGCUACUACGAAUGCAUUGGCUUCAUGGAAGGAGUUGGUUGUCAAUAUCAUUUGCAGCCAAUACAAAGAUAAAAAUAAUGCAUUAAUUGAGCUGGGCAAAUUGCUUUUACAGGAAAAGCGAAUUUACGCUGCUCAUUUGGUGUUCAUGUUGACAUUUUCUUCUGAAAUUUGUUCACAGCAUCCUCAGUCCUUAUUUCACCUGUUGGGCCUUCCUAAGGAUGGAACUUUACCUACCCGUGAAGAAUUAUUAGACAGCAUUCAGCUGACUGAAGUUUUGGCUUUAAUCUAUAGUAUUCACACCGAUCGAGGUGUGAUUACGUAUCCCCAUUUGAUGAAUGAUCGACUUUACCUUGCUACGACGUUGUCCGAAAGAGGCGAGAUCCAUACAGCUAAAAAAUAUUGCGAAUUAAUUGGGACUUACUUGAAUAAGGCAUCCAAGAAAGGAUCGACUUUGGAUCCUGCUUUCAUUUUCGCUGUACGAGACUUGACCCAACAAAUUUUUGAAAAUAGUUCCAGUGAAGACGUUACUACUUCAUGGUUGGGUAGGACUGUGUCAAGACCGCGUCUGGAUAACGUGCUUUCUUCGUUGGGUAGCAAGUUCAGCAAGUUUGUCGCCGGAGAAAAUGAUUAUGACAUUUCGCGCCCAGCAACCGCAAAUGAUGGACCGUUUGGAAAAGUAGCCGCUCAUCAAGAAGCGACUUCACGUGCCGGAUCUGCAAUGGGAUACGGAAAUAAUAAUGAUUUAAGGCCUUAUUCAUCUGGAAUAUUGAAUCCUAAUGAUAUGGUUGCACACUAUGGCAUGAGCCAAGGAAAUGCUCCAUAUAUGAACAGAUUUGAACCUGCGGGUGUAAGCAAUGAAUAUCCUUAUGUGCCGGCCUCAGCCUUGCAAGAACAUCAGGACAACGUUUCCAACCUUAAUUUGGCUGCAGAUUCUGAAAUAUCUUCACCGGGACAAAUGCAGGCUCAGCUAAAAACGAAACAGCCACCAGUUUACGGAGAAGAUUUAUCUGGCCCUCAAUAUACUCCAUUCGCACCACCUGUCCCCACUCAGGGUGCUUAUGUGCCGCGCACUUCUGUUGAAGAAGGUUUUGGGACAGGAAUGGAAGGGGAACCUCUGGAAAGUCCUUACCGAUACAAGGCUCCAGUUCCUGAAGUUUCCACAGCUCCUGUUGUGCCCCAGUAUGCGCCUUCACAGUAUGCUCCUAUAGGACAGACGAACGAAGCGUCGCCGUAUGCUCCAAUAAAUACGAACGCAUACGUACCGAAGGUCCCUGAAGCUGAGAAAGAGCAGAAUCCGAUGGAGAACUUGACUACAUCCAUGCAGGAUUUAAGUUUUAAUCCUGAUCGAAGUGAGCAAGCUAAAAGAGCGGCUGCGCAAAAUGUUGCAGAGCUCGUAAAACGCGAAGAAGAAGAGAAGGCAAGGGAGAAAGCCGCUGCUUCGGAGAAAAAAAGCAAUAAGAAGGGAUGGUUUUCGAAGCUUUUACGCAGAGAUGAUAACAAGGAGCAAUCAUCGGUUUUCCAAGCCAAAUUAGGGGAGAAAUCACAUUUGCGGUAUAACAAAGAGUUACGACGAUGGGUGAAUGAAGAUGGUUCAGACUUGAACAAUCAAGUGGCACCACCUCCACCUCCUCCAAAGGUUAUUCCAAACAUGCCUAUGCCUAUUCCAACGCAGGCUGCGAGUGAAAUGGCACCUCCAAGUGUGCCAAUGCCAAUCCCAAGUGCAACAGCUACUGCUGGUGCGAAUCUGCCUCCUGCUUCUGUUGGAUUACCACCAACUUUAGGAUCCGGUGGUUCACCUGGCUUGCCGAAUAUCCCCGCCAUUCCUCCCAUGAGUCGUACAACUCCAGGUGCAAAGACGACAAGUGCUGAUCCCUUGGAAGACAUCUUACAUUCUGUUCCUCCUCCGGCUACGGGCCGACGUGGAAAAGGUAAGACAAGUAAACGAUAUGUGGACGUUAUGAGAGAUACGUAA